CACAAACACAAUAACAGUACAAAAAUUCACGACUGUUGGUUUUUAUCACAGUGUAUAAAAAUGUCUACCAUUUGUGGAGUUUGCAGGGAAACCUACACGGACCCUCGCGUGGCACCUUGUCUUCAUUCGUUUUGUAAGGAAUGCGUUACUAAGUUGGUCACGGAACGCCAGGGGAAGUUCGUUUGUCCAGAUUGCCAAGCAGACUUUCAGAUGAGUGUGAAGGAUGUCGAGAAUCUUUCUCAAAACUUUUCCAUCAACAACCUGAUGCCUAUAUUAGCAAUUCACUCAAACGCCUCGCGCAAGGACCUCAAGUGUGAGAACUGCAAUAACAAGAAACAAGCCAUCGCUCGCUGCGCACACUGCUCCGUGUUUCUGUGCUCGUUCUGUGUCAAGGCGCACCGUAGGAUGAACAUCCUAAAAGAUCACGAGAUCCUUGCAUUUGACGCGGUGCAAAGAGCUGAACCGAGAGAAAUGGCGAAGAAAAUGUACUGCAAGCAACACAAAGACGAGGAAAUGUCGUUUUACUGCGAAGACUGUUGUGUGAUGUUGUGUAGAGAUUGUACAGUUCUGGACCACCGUGGACACGAGUACGUGCGAGUGUCGAAAAUCAUGGCGAGGGAGCGCAAAGUGCUACAAGAGGCGAUCCAAUCAACAAGCCAGCUUAUACCGACUCUAAACCUCGUUCUGAGGGACACAAAAGAAAUGGCAGAUCGUGUGGCAGAGAGAAUCGAAGUGACAAAUGGGCAAGUGGAUAGCUUCAUCGAGCAGCAGAUCACGAUGCUGGAAAUAGCCAGAGAUCAACUUAAAGAAGGUGUGAACGCCGUCGGAAGAACCAAACAAUCGCUACUCGAAUCUCAGCUCAGGAGAAUUGAUCUACAGUUGAGAAGUACUAAUAACGCCGUGGAGUUCGCCAAACAAGCGCUUACUCAUAGCAGUAGCGCACAAGUCCUGCUCUUGAAAAAGCAUAUUCUAACCAGGCUGAAGUAUCUAUCUGAGCAACCUGUGGAUAGACGACCGUGCCAAAAUGAUGGUCUUGGGCUAAGGAUCACUCCCGGUGCAUCUAUUGUACAGUUUAUCCCUCAAAUCGCUGCGAUUGAUAGCUCUACGGCGGUUCCACGCUUCUCUGAUCUGCAAUUAACCGGAAGUGUGGAUUCGCUGGUGUACACGACUUUCUGCGCGCAGACCUGGGAGUUUACCCUUACUCUUAGAGAUCACUUUAACAAACAGCUUGUCAGAGGUGGGAACGAUGUCGGGGCUGUUAUUGCCGACUUUCCGUCUGACCUCAAAGAGAAACAUUCUGUCCGUAUCUCUCUUGGUGUAACCGAUAACCACGACGGAUCUUACAGUUUUUCCUACAAGCCGCCGAUACCGGGGCAGUAUACACUGGACGUGAAGGCAGAUGGGUACCGUAUCAAAGGAAGUCCUUUCCAGUGGAUUGUUUCACAGCCGCUCACUGAGAGCCCUGAGAAACCAGAAGAGCUUUCAAAAGUUUCCGACAUUGAAAAUAUUGUGAUGGAGGGUAGCUGUAGCUUCGCCUGGAAGGUGAAAAUCAGGGAAACCUUAGAUAAAGAUUCCCUUCUGGAUCUCAAAAUCGGAGUUUUCAAGAAAACUGAGCAAAAGGAAGAAGCGGAUAAUCUUGCAGAAGAAAGCGCGGGUGAUGAAACCGCUCGAAAUAACCUCCGGGAGGUUGGAAAAUCCACGUGGUAUUGGUCACGUGGACAAAUUUUCACGCCAGAUGUCCAAUCAGGGCAGCAAAGUCACGUGCACUCGUGCGAGCCUGGCGACGUCUUUCUACUGUUCCUGAACCCAGAAGAAAAACUUCUCACGAUCGUCAAUGAAACAAAAGCCGAAAUUGGGGAAAUCCCAAAAGUCGAGAGCCCUGUUUCGCCGUUUGUGUCGGAUGUAAACUUGGUUACAUUUCAUGUGUAGCAAUAUACUAUACUACUUUCAAGAGAUAUUCAACAGAUAAACUCAAACAAAUGAAAAGAUAACGUUUCUUUCAUGCAAUACAAUGUUAACUUUAAAACUUCACGUUAUGAGUUUUACCAAAAAAAGCACACUUUUAAUAGGUCUCUCAUGAAAAUUACCAUUACUAAAUAUUACAUCAUCAUUAUUAUUAGCAUUUUUACUUUUGCAAAUCAAGUUGAUAUAACCAGAAAAUAUUUGAAUUAAUUACUUAAACAACUUGUCAAGUUCCUGUCUUAUUGUCAUCUCUAUUAAUUAACACAGCUAAAUGCGAAAUAAAAAGAAAUACAAAA